UCAGUCGGUCAGGGGGAGGCUUCCCCUUGAGGGUGGGGGUGUCUCGCCAUAAUGGCGCUUCCAAGCCAUUGAAUGUAAAUCCAGGUGAUCAGCUGAAACAUUCCCAGCAGCCCCAGCAGACAAGAGUCCUUUGCCCCGCCCUGGUCAUCCUUCCACAGGGACACGAAUCAUAGAUGGAGGUUCUGUGGAGCCACCCCUGGGAUGACGAGAAACAAGCCCACUUCUAGUAGCUAUUGAAGAACUUGGAAACCAAAGUCAGUAAGGAAACCAGUCCUAUAGGAAAAACAUCAUCUCAAGGUGCCAAUCUUGCUGAAUUCUUAAACUCACUUUAGAUUGGAAAGGGAAAAACAAGAGUGAAGUAUCAAUACUGCAAUUAUAUGAACAUAACGUUGUUGCCAUGGAGGAGAAUGUGCAUAAAUGUAUUGAAUGUGAAAAGAGUUUUAAACAGGAUAGGGAUUUGAAGACACAUCAAAGGACUCACACUGGAGAGAAAUCCUAUAACUGCCUUGAGUGUGGGAAAAGCUUCACUCAUAGUGGAAAUCUACGUUCACAUCAAAGGACUCAUACUGGAGAGAAACCCUAUAUGUGCCUGGAGUGUGGACAGAGCUUCACUCAGAGGGGAGCUCUACAAAGACAUCAAAGGACUCACACUGGGGAGAAACCCUAUACAUGCCUGGAGUGUGGACAGAGUUUUACUCAGAGUGGACACCUACAUUUACAUCAAUGGACUCACACUGGGAAGAAACCAUAUAUAUGCUUGGAGUGUGGACAGAGCUUCAUUCAGAGUGGACAUCUGCAUUUACAUCAGUGGACUCACACUGGGGAGAAACCCUAUACAUGCUUGGAGUGUGGACAGAGCUUCACUCAUAGUGGACAUCUACGUUUACAUCAAAGGACUCACACUGGGGAGAAACCCUAUACAUGCCUGGAGUGCGGCAAGAGCUUCACUCAGAGUGGUAAUCUACGUUCGCAUCAAAGGACUCACACAGGGGAGAAACCCUAUACAUGCUUGGAGUGUGGAAUGAGUUUCACUCAUAGUGGAAAUCUACGUUCACAUCAAAGAACUCACACUGGGGAAAAACCCUAUAAAUGCUUGGAGUGUGAACAAAGCUUCACUCAGAAGGGAGCUCUACAAAGACAUCAAAGGACUCACACUGGGGAGAAACCCUAUACGUGCUUGGAGUGUGGGCAGAGCUUCACUCAUAGUGGACAUCUACGUUUACAUCAUAGGAUUCACACUGGGGAAAAACCCUAUACAUGCCUGGAAUGCGGAAAGAGUUUCACUGAGAGUGGACAUCUACGUUUACAUCAUAGAACCCACACUGGGGAGAAACCCUAUACAUGCUUGGAGUGCGGAAAGAGCUUCACUCAAAGUGGAAGUCUGCGUUCGCAUCAAAGGACACACACUGGGGAUAAACCCUAUCCAUGCCUGGAGUGUGGAAAGACCUUCACUCAUAGUGGAGAUCUACGUUCACAUCAAAGAACUCACACUGGGGAGAAACCCUAUACAUGCCUUGACUGUGGAAAGAGCUUCACUGAGUGUGGAAGUUUACGAUCACAUCGAAAGACUCACGUGGGGGAGAAACCCUAUAAAUGCUCAGAGUGUGGGCAGAGCUUCACUCGGAGGGCAAAUCUACGUUCACAUCAGAAGACUCACACUGGGGAAGAACUCGAUACAUGCCUGGAAGGAAAUUGUUAAGUUUACAUUUACAAUGACACCAGAGUUUUGUUUCUUAAUAAUGCUGAGUGAUAAUCUAGGAAGAAAAUGUGUAACAUUACUCAAAUAUAUGAUAACAUUAUGUAGAAAUUUUUUUGAAAAAAAAACCCUGUUCCUGGUUUGAAUGUUUCAUUUCCUGUUUAAUUGUGCAGCUCUUAGUGUGACUGUAGUUCUUAUACUCCAGAAACCUUUUUUGUGGCCGCCACAAAUUAUGUUGAAUUGGUUGAGACUCCAUGAGAUCUUCAUUAAAACUAUAGCAAAAUGUGCUGCAGGACAUCCAACAAAAAUAUUUUCCCCCCAGUUUAUUACAAUAGAACCAACUAGGAAAUAACAUUUAUAACCCAGGAAUAAAAAUCAGUUAUCUAGUAUAAUUGCAGCAAAAAUCCUUUAUCUUCAGAAAUGGAACCAAGUAGUUAUUCCAACUCGAGGAAACUGACAGAUAAAGAUCUGCAGAUUGGCGCGGAGGGAGGAAGUGACUCUGCCGAUUAAGGAGAAAUCCCUGAUCACUUUCAGGAAACACUGGAACCUUUUAAUUGCUUUUUCAUGGCAACACUAGGGUCGUAGGUCCAGUACAAGACUGAUGAAUUGGAACAGUGAUACCAAAGGCAGGUGUGUGUUUGUAUAGGAUUGUCUAAAUGGUGUGGAAUGAAAAGGUAUGAAGACCAAUGGAGAGAGGCCGUGCGGUUUGUAGAACAUCUGUUUGUUUGUUUCUUAAGAGUAGUUUGUGUAUGUAUUUGGCUAUGUAGGUGUGUGUUUUGUUGGUGUGUUGUAAACCGCUAGUUUGUUAGCUGCAUACUUUUAGGAUUAUGCAUUACAAAAUUUCUGCUCCUUUUGUGAUAUUUUUGCUUUUUACCUUUAAGAAAAUAGUUUCUCAAAAAGUCAGAAAUUUAGAAAUUUUUAAAUUGCUGAGACAGGAGUGGCCGAUACACCUGAAUUUAGACCAAUAUGAUUUUAGAGUAAUAUUAAAACACAUUAUUAAAACCACGCAAUCCGUGGCCGUGGGAGAGAGUGAUAGUACAGUUGGAUGAACUCGGCCAAAGGCGUUUAGGCUGCUGCCCUGGUUUUGCAAGACCUGAACUGGACUGGGAUUCGCACACCGUGGCUUGGGCGCCUCUCCUUCAUGGGAUCCCCAUAAGCCCAAAUUCACCUGAUGGCUGUCAGUGACAGCAUCAACUAUGGUCUUGGAUGAUUAUCAGUAUAAAAUAAAAAUGAGAGAGGCACUACUGUCCAAAAACUUCCCAAUACAAGGAUUCCCUUAGAGACAAUUAGUAGGACGGUUCAAAGUGGAAAAAACUUAUUUGAAUUUGUUAUUGACAAUCCGAAGCUUGAAACUGUUUUGGAUUCUGGAGAUGACUAAGUUGUUAUUGAAAUGGAGGAGGAACAGGUGAAAGACGAUAGGGUCAAGUGGACACAAACAUUUGGUAAACAAAUACAAAUGGAACAAUGGGAAAGGUUCUGGAUAAAGAGUUUGUAAUUUACGCUGAGUAGAAAUAUAUUUUUGUAAAAUGAUGUAUAGAUGGUAUGUGACACCAGAAAGGAUUGCUAAAAUACAUAAAAUAGUUCUAGCGAUGGCUGCGAAUGUGGGGGAAUGCCCAGUAGUUUUUAAUCGUAUGUGGUGCUCAUGUGAAAGGCCCCGACAUACUGGGCAGAAAUCCAUGCAAUUUUAGAAGAAAUAGUUAAAGUGACAUUUGAAACGAGACCUGAACUCUACCUGCUUGGGAUGAAUAACUCGAUGCAAAGUGCGGAAGGUUACUGCUAUACAUAUUGCAAGGUGGGGCACUGAAUUUUGCCAUUUAUUAUGUUGUAAACCGCUUUGAGUCCCAUCCCCCCCCUCCCCACGGGUGAGAAAGGUGGUAUAGAAAUGUCGUUAAUAAAUAAAUAAACAAAUAAAUAAAUGAUAACAGCAGCAGGAAUUACUUACGCCCACAGACGGAAGGACUCCGUGAUUUCGUCAUAAGACGAUUGGCUUAUGAAAACAAGUGAACUUGUGGGAAUGAGUAAACUUACUACUUUGAUUAAAGAGAAAUCUUUUAAGUUUAAGAAAG